UGAAGACCGGUCUCAGUUGUGGAUUUGCCUAUCAGCGCGCACCCGGAAGACCUGUGAACCCCCUCCAUCAUGUGGACGCUCCGCCGCUCUCUGCGUCACUCCACAGGCGUGGCGCUGCCCCACCGUCGCGCACUGACGGCCGCCGCCAUCUCGCAGGGCAAAGUGCCCAUCAACAACCUCUACGUGACGUCCACGGAGGUGACAAAAAAGACGGCGCCUGUACUCAUCGGUCUGGCCCACGUUUUGGAGCAAAAGUUCGCCAAAGUGGGCUAUUUCCGCCCCAUUCAACCGAGUCCGGACUCGAGCAUGGCCGACCACCACGUGGACGUCAUGAAGCAGCAACUGGAGCUCUCCAAAGACGUGGAGGAGCUCUACGGCGUCACCAGCUCCCGCGCCAUGGAAGCCAUGCUCACGGGCAAGGGAGACGACGUCGUGGAGGAAAUCCUCGAGCGAUACGAGCAGUGUCGCAAAGGCCACGACUUCAUGAUCAUCGAAGGCUCGCAGAUCUCGAAACACGAGAGCGCCAUGAGCUGGAAAAUCAACGUGGAUAUUGCCAAAGCCAUCGGCUCUCCAGUGCUCAUGGUCACAGAUUUCGGCGACACCUCGGCUGCAAACGACGCACUGAUAGAGGAAAUGGUCUCGCGUACAGUCAUGGGCAGAGACCAAGCAGAAGACGCGGGACUCAACUACCUCGGCACUAUUGCCAACCGCGUUCGUGCCUCAAAUGUGGAUUCUCUACGUGCCUCUCUGAAAAGAAAAAUGGGUGACAAAGACAUCCCGUUUUUGGGCUUCUUGCCAAUGGAUGAGAUCAUUGCGUCCAAGCGGUUGAACGAAGUGACACACCAACUUGGCGCCACGCAACUCUUUGGCCACUCGAUAGCCAACGACGCAGUGGUGACCUCUGCCGUCGUGGCUGCCAGUGCACUGAAAGAUCUGUUCGCUCAUCUGAAAAAGUACAAGGAUGGGGCUAUGAUCAUCACGUCUGGAGAUCGCUCGGACCUCAUGCUGGGGCUCAUGGUCUCUCGCUUGCCUGGGGUGUUGCCAAACAUCUCGGCUAUCGUCCUUACGAACGGCAACUACCCGCACAGCAACACACAGGAAAUCCUCAAAGGUGUGCAAGCACUGGAUAAAACCGCCCUCUCCCUUCCGAUUUUCUCAACGCCUAACGACACAUUCUCCACUGCCGAUGGGUUUGCAAAGGUUUCGACGGAUAUUUUACCGUCCAGUAAACUGAAAAUCGACCGCUCCAAACAAUUAUUCGACGAAUUUGUCGAGAAGGAAAUGCUGAUCGGCGAACUGGACGAAGGAAUGGUGGUCAACCGGUCUCCGAAACAGUUCCAGCACUUCUUGUUCAGCAAGUCCCGAGCUGUGCAACGCCAUAUUGUACUGACCGAAGGAGAGGACAUCCGCGUGCUUCAAGCUGCUGAUCAGAUUCUGCGUCAGAAUCUCUCCAAGAUCACGAUUCUUGGAGAUCCGGACGAGAUCCUUCUGAACGCUAAGAUGGCCAAUCUCGACUUGUCACGGGCGAAUAUCGUCAGUCCAGCGAACAGCGCGUUGCUUGACAAAUACGUCGACUAUUUCUACGCUAAGAGGAAGCAUAAGGGCGUCACGAAAGAGCUGGCUCGCGACUACUGCAAGGACGAAACUUACUUCGGUACGCUCAUGGUGGAGCUUGGGGAUGCCGACGGUAUGGUCUCCGGUGCUUGCCACACUACAGCCAACACUAUCCGUCCUGCGUUGCAGCUCAUCAAGACAGCACCCAACCGGCCUAUUGUGUCCAGUAUCUUCUUCAUGUGUCUCGAGGACGGCGUGCGUAUCUACGGCGACUGCGCUGUCAACACGGACCCGAGUGCUCAGGACUUGGCACAGAUCGCGGUGACGAGUGCGGAGAGCGCAGAGGCGUUCGGUCUGAUCCCGAAGGUGGCGCUGCUGUCGUAUGCUACGGGCGACUCGAACUCGGGUCCGAUCAUCGACAAGGUGCGGGAGGCGACGAAGAUCGCGCAGGAAUUGCGUCCGGACCUGGAUAUCUACGGCCCGAUCCAGUACGACGCGGCAGUGGACGAGUCGAUCGCCAAGACGAAGCUGAAGGCGAUUCCUAGUGGCGCGAAGGUUGGCGGCCAGGCGAAUGUGUUGAUCUUCCCGGACCUGAACACGGGCAACAACACGUACAAGGCGGUGCAGCAGAGCACUGGUUGCAUUGCGAUGGGUCCGAUGUUGCAAGGUCUGCGCAAGCCUGUGAACGACUUGAGUCGUGGCGCAACAGUGAAGGAUAUCGUCACUACGGUGGCGAUCACUGCUAUCCAGGCGGACCAGGUGAUUUUGAAGCGCGAGGCUGAGACUGAGGCUGCGGCCUAGUUGGCAACGACGUCGGAUGUACCCGAUGCACGCAUUAACUAGCUCGACACGUUGAAAAGCUACGGCGACAAUAGAUUCAAAGAGACGCUGGUCAACGCACGGUGUGCUCGCAACUUUGUGCAUAAUGGAAGUAACUUAACUGCUUUGAUUGUUGUUUGAAUUUACUAGUAGUAAUCCAGCAUCUGCACUGGAAAGUUUAAUACUUUAUUUUAGAAGAGCUUGACAAAAAAAA